AUGGCGGCGGAUAUUGCUCGAGCAUCGAUCUUGUUUGCCAUUUUUGCCCGUGCUUAUAAGGUCUUUGGUGACGACAACGACGACUGGAUGCUCAUCAAGGAUCUUCUCAAGAUGGGACCAGAAGCGACCGAAGAAGCGUUUGACUGCCUUCUCAAAGAUCACGGCUUGAGGCUUGAUGGACACCUGUUAUCGAUUACAGAGACGACCGAACCGCGAACCCGCAGCACGGAUGACAGUCCAUCAAGCCAUCCUGCGUCAUCAGCAGGUCCAGACGAACAGUCGUACAUUGGAAAACGGCCACCAGACGCCAUGGUUUUGAUGCUCGCAUGGACUCAUUUAUUGAGCAAUAUCGACCUGGAUUUCAAAAAGUUGGGGGAGACAUUUGGUGUCUCGGAAAGCGAAGCGUAA